UCAGGGAACUCGCUCAUGGCUUUUUUGAUGAAGAAGAAGAAAUUCAAAUUCCAAACCACUUUCACCCUGGAGGAGCUGACUGCGGUCCCCUUCGUGAACGGGGUCCUCUUUUGCAAAGUCCGGCUGCUGGAUGGCGGGGAUUUUGUCAGUUUGUCGUCCAGGGAGGAGGUACAGGAGAAUUGUGUGCGGUGGCGGAAGAGGUUCACUUUUGUGUGUAAGAUGAGUGCCAACCCGGCCACAGGCCUGCUGGACCCCUGCAUCUUUCGAGUGUCCGUGCGCAAGGAGCUGAAAGGCGGGAAGGCGUAUUCCAAGCUUGGCUUCACUGACUUGAACCUGGCUGAGUUUGCAGGCUCAGGCUCCACCGUACGCUGCUGCCUAUUGGAGGGAUAUGAUACCAAGAACACCCGCCAGGACAACUCCAUCCUCAAGGUCACUAUUGGCAUGUUCCUGCUCUCUGGAGACCCCUGUUUUAAGACGCCGCCAUCUACUGCCAAGUCCAUCUCCAUCCCGGGCCAGGACUCCUCCCUGCAGCUGACAUGUAAAGGUGGUGGGACCAGCAGCGGUGGCAGCAGUAGCACCAAUUCCCUGACUGGGUCCCGGCCCCACAAGGCCCGGCCCACCAUCCUGGGUUCAGGACUUCCAGAGGAGCCAGAGCAAAGCCUGUCCAGUCCCGAGGAGGUGUUCCACUCUGGCCACUCCCGCAACUCCAGCUAUGCCAGCCAGCAGUCCAAGCUGUCCGGCUACAGCACAGAGCACUCUCGCUCCUCCAGCCUGUCUGACUUGACACACCGCAGAAACACGUCCACUAGUAGCAGCACCUCUGGUGGCCUCAGCAUGACUGUAGAGGGUCCUGAGAGCAUCGACAGGGAACACCGGCCCCCAGAGAAGCCACCUCGACCUCCUGAGAAGCCACCACGACCCCCACGACCCCUGCAUCUGUCUGACCGCUCAUUUCGGCGAAAGAAGGACUCAGUGGAGAGCCACCCAACCUGGGUGGACGAUACUCGCAUUGAUGCGGAUGACAUUGUGGAGAAGAUAAUGCAGAGCCAGGACUUCACCGAUGGCAGCAAUACUGAGGACAGUAACCUUCGGCUGUUUGUGAGCCGUGAUGGCUCCACCACGUUGAGUGGCAUUCAGCUGGCCAACAGAGUCUCCUCUGGAGUCUAUGAGCCUGUCGUGAUUGAAAGCCAUUGAGGGACCAGGUCUGAGGAAGGGCCCUGCUGUCUCUUGCACCCAGGUCAGCGGCGUUCCUGGAGGAGCUGGAAGCUGCCCUUUGGAUCUGUUCUGCAUCGCGCCUGUGCCUCCUUGUACUCUAGCCACACCAGCCCCAAAGCAUCAUUCCAUUGUCCUUCGUCCACCCCGAACCACUGGUCCCCGGUGCCACUGUGAAUAUUGUCCUCUGAACCACUAGAAAAUGGGGAAGAUGGAGCUGGCCAGGACUGCCCAAACUAGAGAGGACCUGGGCCCAGCAAAGGACACAGCCACUCCUUCAUGUUGGGGUACUUGUGGCUGCCACCCUCAUGACCUGCUUACUGCAGGAGCAACAGCUUCAGCCAGUCUAACAAGGCUCUUGCUUCUUCACCUUGCCCUUGAGGAGCUGGACCCUCCCCAGAAUCCUGCCACCUCUGACCCUCCGCUUAGUGCUUCAGCUGUCCUUAUGUCCUGAGGAGACCUGCUGGCAGCUUUCUCCUGGGAGCCAAGACCUCAACCCCACCUCCCUCAUCAAAUGUUCUCCUGCUGCCCUGCAGCCUGCACUUUGCACGUGCUUGUCCCCGACACAGCCACCGAUCCUUGCCCUUAUUCUGGACUCCUGGGUGCUGUCUGCUGUGCAGCCAGACCUAGGGUACAGUCGCCCGGCUGGAACGUGGCACUGCCCCUUCCCUCAAAUUAUCCCCAUUUCAGACCCAAGAGCAGGGCCUAGAAAGGUCUGAGCAUCAUGGUGCCAUCUGCUAGGGCUGGGUCCUGAGCAGCUGGCCUUCCUGCAGGAAAGGAAGGGUGGGGCCCAGCUGUGCUGGGUAAGCAAAGGCUUCUCUUCCUCUGCUCUCCUGUCAGCAGGCCUGGGCUGGGUUCCAGGCUGGAGAGGCAGUCAGCCAGGUGGGCUGUGACUGCAUGGACUGGAGCUGGUUUAUUGCCAGACAAGCCUCAGCCCUCUGGGCAAGGGGCAUGCUUUCCCUGGGGAGUCUGGUCCUGUGCCCUGCUCAGGCCUUCCCCUUACUACCCACCCUCUUGGUACCUCCCCAGCCCCAGCACUUUCUGUGUCUUCUGUAAUUUGCUUAAAGGAGGCGGGUACUGGCUGCCAGUUCAGCCCUGGAUAAAUUCCCACCCCCAAGUUUCACUCAUUUUGUAUGAACCCAGCAGGCUGGCGUUUCCUUAGCCUUUAGGUAUUUUCCUUUUCCUCCUAAGUUCACAGCUUGGAAUUCCCUCCUCCCCCAGCAAGGGGAGGUAGGUGCCUCUGUUCCCCACUCCACCUACAUCUCAGCAGGGCUGGGGACAGGGAACGGGGGUGGG